AUGUUUUCCAAUAUUUUAGAUAAUUAGGAGUAAAAUAACAACUAAAAGAAUCUACCAAUUUUAUCGUUUCUAAAUAAUUAAAGGAAGAGAUCAAUUCAAUAUGUUAGAUUUAAGAUGCAAACAGUAAAAAUUUAUAAAACCUUUGCUUAAUAUCAUGUAUUAUUUAAUUUUAUCAUUUUUCUAGGUGGAAGUAAAUGAGUAUGGAAAAAUAUGGAUUAUGGAAAUACGCUAUAGUACCCUGUGGUAAUUCUAUCAAAAACUUAAGAAAUAUUACAGUAUCAAACUAACAUUUCCUUCUAAACUGUUAUUUGGAAACUUAUGUCCAGAUAAUUUGAAAAAAAGAGCCAUCAGAAUUUAAUAGUUUCUAUAAGAAUUAGGCAGGUAAAUAGAUAUUUCAUUUUAUGUAGUAAUUAUAAACUAAUUAAUUCUGAUGAGUGUUCUGAAUUUCUAACAAAGCAACAACAUUAUGGAACUAACAUAAUCGAUCUUACUGAAGUAGAAGAAUUUUUAUUAGAUGAUUGA